AUGGAGCUGGCCAGGCAGCAGUCUACCUGCGACAAAGUGCGAAAGAACACCCUGGCGCACAUUUCUCGUCACCCGGAGGAUGAGUUGAAGGAAGAGGAGGAGGAGGACAGCACCUCCAGCGGGAUCUGUCGGACGGAGAUCGAGGACAACCGAACCAACGAGAGGAAACUCAACGACAUCGAGGAGGACGAGAACAAUCAGCUGAUCAUCCAGCGGCUGGAGACGUCCCUGGCCGACAUCAUCGAUUCCGCCGUACUCAACAACCUGAAGAUCAACGGCAACAUCCUCAGCGACCAGUUCGACGCCAUCAUCGCCACUCUGAAGAAGGUCGCCGCCUCCGUCGACUCCGGGGGAUCAGACUCGCCCCACUUCGUCAGGAGGAACUCGGACCUCGUCGGCUUCGUCCUCAUCGAUGAGUCCCAUGAGCCCCUCGACGCCCAAGACCCCGCCCUCCAAGACGCCCCUGUCCUUGUUUUCCAUCAACGAUGCCACCCUGGGCACACGGGCACGCCUCCCCUCAUACCCAAGAAUAGGAAGCUGUCUCUCCCUCGGGAUAAUCUGCAGGACAACUCGCCUUCGUUGGGAGAGCUCGCCCGCCGCCUCCACGCCAACCCUAACCACCUGAGGGCGGACCAGGAUUACGUCGACUUCAUCGACCUCGACCAGCCCUACGUCAGCCCCGUUCCUCAGGGAGUCAGCGCGAGCGACCUGAUCAGAGGAGGACCUACCCCGAAGGCCUACGGCAGGAAGAACAGCACCGGGUCCUUGGGCCUUUCGUCCUGCGCUUCCCUUCUGGAGGAUAAGGCGUAUUACGCCGGGGGGCCUUCCAUCACCGCCAGCGUGACGAAUCUAAACGCUGCGGAGGAUUACGGAAAUGUGUUCGGACCGCAGCAAAACACCUUCAGGAAGGUCCACAGCACGUCGAACGUCAACAACGGGUCCUCGGCGGGAGGGCCGCAUCGUCUGUUCCAGCGGCACCUGUCCCUCAGCGGGCCCGACGACCAAGGGGAGCACCGCCUGAGGAAGAGUCUCUCCAAGAGCCGCGAGUUGCUGAGUCAGCUCGAGAACGAGUACAAGAAGAUCAAAGGCGACGAGAACAAGAACGCCCGCAACUCCAUCGUCAUCGACCAGAGUUGGCUCGAUCAGGACUUCGACGAGCUCCUGCAGACGCUGUCGAACGACAAGACGAUCCAGGCUGACCCCCACGAGGCCCUGGCCUUCCUCACCAACAACAACAACAACAACACUACGCCAACAACCGCCACGUCGACUUCUACUGCUUCGCUAGCAGUGCCCUCCUCCACUUCCUCCUCCUCCGGCAGGAAGGUGUCGAAGAAGGACAUGCCUCCGCUGCCCUCGGAUCACAGCCCUCGCGUGAGGCGCCACCAUCACCAAGGGCAAGCCGCUUCAGAGGGUCGACACAUCUUCUCGUUCUUCCAGAAGAAGGGCAGGAGUCAGAGCCUCUCGGGCACGGAAGCCAUCAAGAUCACUUUGCCCGUGACGAGGGAGGAUGACUUCCGAGGCGUCCCUCGCUCAGCCCACCACCAGCAGGAGGGUAUUGCCGCCCCUCACGGAGGAGGAGGUGUGAGGAGAGUCACCUACGAGAAGGCGACGACGAUGGAGCGCCCCGCGGGGCGCUCCAACAGAAGUAACAGCAUCCCGUCGGAGGUACCCCCAACCUCCAACGGCUCUGCGUUACCGCUCGAUCUCGUUGGAAUACUCAAGAAGACCAGGAGCAAGUCGCUGUCGAAGGCCGCCUUUAAGGAAAGUCACGAAGACCCCUUCUUGGAGGAGGAAAAUCCCUACCAGGCGGAUAAUGGGGAGGAACGCCCCUCAGGCGGGGGAGAACACGACGGGGAGGACGAACCUGCCAGGCAGAUGCGUUCCCUGUCUCUCCCCAAGUCCUUCCUCUCCGACAGAUAUGGACUGACGGGUUUCAAGGCGGCGCUGCCAAGCGUGAUCUUCCCGUGGCGAAGAGGUGACCCGAAUCGCAGCUCAGGUCGCAGUAGCCCCGCCCCCCCGAGCGAUUCCGUCAGCCAAUCAGCGGCGGCUCCUCCACCGUACUACAACCAAUCAGCUGCUGCUGUGCCCGAAGAGGCACUCAAUGGCACCUGCCCCGGUGCCCCUCACGAUGCCAGGCAGCACCAGCAGCAGCAGAAGGAUUCCUCAGUAUGGCGAAGGAGUCGCGUGGGAAGCGGGGGCGUCUCUCGCUCAACCAGGAAGGAGAAGGCUUCGAGUUCUCCCGUCUUCAGGAGAGCUUCACUCAGUCACUCUGAGUGGGAUAUCAGAAGGCCUUGGUCACAUGUAUAUAGCGAGCGAGAGGCUGCCAAGCUCAGCCAAUCAGUAUGCCGCCUGGCGAUGACGUCAGCGGAAGAUGGCGUGGCCUCAGAGGUCAUGACCCGGGUGGGUGAGGAAGGACCUAGGUCACUGCCUUACAUGCCCUCUCCAAAUAACUCCUCCUCAGAGGGCGUCUUCCAAAAGUUCAAGAAGUCCCUCUCGCUGCGUCUGGCGAAGAAGGGCAGCAGGAGCGAGUCCCCGAGUUCGCACUCCGCCCCGGUCAGUCACUGCCCGCCGGAGCCCACUGCCCAGAUCGAGUCCCAGACGCUGCCCAGGCGCCGCGGGUCCAUCAACAGGGAGGAGGAUAAUAAGUCGAGCUUCCUAUUCGGACACCCACUGUUCCGCUCGAGCAAGGAGAGACGACGGGCGCGUCUCAAGGAUGCCAGGUCCUCCAAAUGCAACUCUGGGGAUUCCGGAGACUCCGGCAUCGAGCUGGUGACGGGCAGCGGUCACGUGACGGCGCUGGACAUGACGUCAUCGCAGCCGGCGGAAGUCGACGCCAACAACUACUUGGAUCCGGCCUUUGUGGCAAGUUUCGCCGACGACGGAAGUGGCCCUCGGGAGCUGAACCCAAGGGCGGUGCGUCGGACACACAGCGACGUAGGGGGCGUGACCGGAAGGGGCUCCCUACACUACUCGCGACAGCUCUCCACGCCCCAGCCUAUCAAACUUCGACCAGCUCAUAGGUUACCGCAGCAUACGGGGUCUCUAGGGAAGUCUAAAAGCUUAAAAAGAAGUAAAGCGUCGUCGCACUUGAGAAGAUCCAUCAGUCAGCCCCUAGACCUAGACAAGGCUUACGACACCCCGAUUUCGACCUUACGCAAGUGCAGGAGUCCAUCCAACGCACAGAAUAGGCGACAGCGAAGACCUUCUGCCGGGAACAUCUUGAACGAUGACAAUACUACUUCCGAGGACGAGAUUGGCAUGUCUGACUCCGAGGACUUCAGACCGACCUGAAGAGGAGUUUGGAAGAGGAUGAAGACAUGAUCGUGUAUGCAGAGGCACUUUGGGACCAUGUAACUUUAGACUCCGAGGAGCUUGUGUUUAAGGCCGGAGAUUUGAUUACUGUGAUAGAUUCCAGUGACAGGGACUGGUGGUGGGGCCGGAUCUG